AUAAAAUCUCUCUAGAUUUCUCUCUCUCUCUCUCUAAAAACCCCAUCGAGAAGGACUCACUCACGUAGCCACUUGCUCUUUUGUCUGUUAACUGUUUGUUCUAGUGAAUCCAUUGAGGAAAGGAAAUGUUGGGUAACUGUGAGAAGAUGGUAGUGAUCUCUUCAACUACCAACGGGUGGCCACAGAAUCAUCAUCAGAUAAUAGAUGAGAAAGCAGGAUUGAUGGCUUCAACAGGUAGCAGGGUUAUGGAUCAGAAAACAAGCCAAGAGUCUCAAAACCAACAACAACAACAACAACAAGCCCUCAAGUGUCCUCGAUGUGAUUCAUCAAACACCAAGUUCUGUUACUACAACAACUACAGUUUGUCUCAGCCAAGGCACUUCUGCAAGGCCUGUAAGCGUUAUUGGACUAGAGGUGGAACCCUAAGGAAUGUUCCAGUUGGUGGUGGAUGUAGGAAGAACAAGAGGGUGAAGAGACCAGCCUCAUCAGCUGGCGAUGCAGUACCAGCUUCAUCAUCAAUAUCAACUCCAAACCCUAAUAUUAAUCUUCAUCAUCAACCCGGCGGCCAGAUCGAUAUAUCUUCAACCUCAAACCAUAAUCUUAACCCUUUGUUUUAUGGUUUACCCACUAAUCCUUCUCAUGAUCAGCUCAGUCUUCCAUAUCCCUGCAGGUUCAACUCUAGGGUUUCAAACAUUGAAACUGUUUCUUCUUAUCAUCAUGAUCUUCAUCCACAAUUCAAUAAUCUGGGAUUAGGGUUUCCAACUGGAGGACUUGUAUCUGCAGGUGAUCAUCAUCAUCAUCAUCAUCGAAACAACGGGUAUAAUCAUCCCACUGAUCAAAUCCAAGAUGUUGUCACUUCAAAUUCAUUUCUUUCGAGUUACAAUUCCAUAUUUGGAUCUUCAACACUCACUUCUACUUCAGCACCAACAAUGGCUUCUCUCAUAGCUUCUAGCCUUCAGCAGCAAAAGUCUAUUCGUGCUUCAGCUAACAAUUUUCAUGGAUUAGUGCCCUAUGAAGAGCUUCAAAUGGUGGGGAGCGGAAAAGGCGGAAAUAUUAAUGCAAUGAAGGAAGUGAAAAUGGAAGAAGGCGGGCAAUACAAGUUGGAUUGGAAUGUUUCUAAUUGCCAGCAGAAUCAAAUUGAGCAGAUCAACUCGACGUCCAAUCCUUCGCUUUAUAAUUGGAAUCCAACAUCUGCAGCAGCUGGUGCUUGGCUUGAUCCUGCGAACAUGGGGCCUUCUGUCCCUUCUCUGAUCUAGCAAAGCCAAUUCAGCUUCAUUUUCUGCUUAAUCUCCCUCUUUUUUUUUUUUUUUUAAAUCAACUUAAUUGGUGUUUUUUCAGCUAGCUAGUUAGUUUUUUGUUGCUUGACUUCUUUCAUAGUGAUUACAUGGCUACUUUGGGAUGGAAUUACCAACAACAAAAAAAAAAAAAUGGAGAAUUUUCGAUGAGAGGAGAGUUGGAUCGGAGCGAUCAUGUCAGCUGCAAAAAAGGAUCAGCCUGUUGCUUUUACUAUCAAGGUUGAGAAAUCAAAUUUGCUCUGAGAGGAACCUCGGAUCCUAUUCGUCUCAUUGACCCGGGUUUAAUUUGUCAUCAUCAACUACACAGUGUAGAAGGGCUACUUAAUUGCUUUGAAGAACUUGGGUGGAAUUUCCUGGUCCAGUGAGUUGCUUUUAGCUUUGUAUGUAUAUAUAUGCAUGACACUGCCUUUCUUAAUUUCUAAUGUAUUAAUUUCGGUAUUUAUUAUUAGCUAGGUUGGAGGGGUUGGGGGUUCUUUAAGAAAACAUGUUGAAGUAGAUCCUCUAAGAAAAGUUCUAUGAGGAUCAGCUAUUAAUUACUUUUUUAUUUUUUGAAUUUUCUUUUUUGUUAUUUGAGGGUUAAAGGGAUUGGUAUAUUAAUGGUAUAGAGAAGAGGGAGAUUUGUUUUCUCAA